UAACGACGCGACAUGGCUGUCAAGUCGUCGACUAGCGGCCUGAAAGACACUAGGAUGCCUCCAAGCUCUAGUAGAGACUUCCUUAAAAGCAUCAAACGUGUCGAGGAGCUUGAGCCAGCCGGGUACGCAGGUCUCCCGUACCGCCGGCGCCACCUCGCAGCAGCGCCGCUCCCGACGGACCGCGCGCCGAGCGCAUUACCCCGGCAAGUGCACUCCCUGUCGCUAGCUUCUGAGGAAGCUCUGCGCCUCCCGAGCGCCGAAGAAUAAUAAAAGCAAGAGCCACCAUGCGCCGCCAGGCCCUGCAGCGCGCGGCCGCGGCCGCGCGCCCCGCCGUGUCACGGAGGACCUUCGUCGCGCGCGCGGCCUACGAAGCCGCUCGCAAAAUGAUGCCCAAGAUUUCCGACACGGAGCGCGUCGCGCUGGGCUGCGGCACCGUCGGUUUUGACCGGGAGAUCUUCUCGGGCAAGCCCUCUUUGGAAAAUUUGCUGACGACGUACGCGCCGCUCGUGACGCUCACGGACGAGGAGAAAAGUUUUUUAGCCAACGAGACCGAGGAGCUCUGUGGUUUGGUGGACGACUUCAAGGUGCUGGAGGACAAGGAUUUCUCGGACGAGGUCUGGCGGUUCAUGCGUAGGCAGGGGUUUUUUGCUUUAAAAAUUCCGAAGGAGUGGGGCGGCAAGGGCUUCUCGACGGCGGCGACGUCCGCCGUCUUGGUCAAGCUGGGCACGGCGUCUUCGGAUUUAGCAUCCACCGUGGCCGUGCCGAACUCGCUGGGCCCCGGCGAGCUGCUCGUGAGGUACGGCACGCCGGAGCAGCAGAAGUACUAUCUACCUCUGUUAGCGGACGGCACGUUCAUCCCCUGUUUCGGGUUGACGGGUAUUCAUUCCGGGAGCGACGCUACUUCACUCAUCGGGAGCUAUGGUGUGGUGGAGGAGCGCGACGGCGAAAUUGGAGUCAAGUGCACCUUCGACAAGCGCUACAUCACGCUGGCGCCCGUCGCCGGUUUAGUGGGUAUUGGUUUUGAGUUACAAGACCCGAAUAACCUCCUCAAGGGCAAUGGGGAGGAGGGCUUUACCGUAGCUUUACUAGAACGCAGCCACGACAACCUCGAGAUGGGCCCUAGACAUUGCCCCUUGCACGCGGCCUUCAUGAACGGCACGGUCAAGGGUAGCGAUGUGUGGGUGCCCAUGGACGCCAUACUAGGAGGGCAGGAGCGGUGCGGCUUCGGCUGGCACAUGUUCGUGGAAUGCCUCGCGGAAGGAAGGGGCGUCUCGCUGCCGGCGAUGGCCGUCGGGUUGGGCAAAGGGGCCGCGCCCAUGGUCGGCGCCUAUGCGCGCGCCCGGAAGCAGUUCAAGGUGCCCAUCGCCGAGUUCGGCGGCGUCCAGGAGGCGUUGGCGCUCAUGGCGUCGGACGGGUACAUCGCCAUGGCCUCCACAGAAUUAAUGAAUGCUAUUGUGGACAACCACGAGGCGCCCAUGGUCCUCUCGUCGAUCAUGAAGCAGAACGUGACGAAUCGGGGGCGGGACAUCAUCAACCACGCCAUGGACGUGUCCGGGGGCGCGGGCAUCUCGAUGGGCGCGUCCAACUACUUGGGCAGUGCCUACAUGUCCUUCCCCAUCGCCAUUACCGUCGAGGGCGCGAACAUCAUGACGCGGUCCUUCCAGAUCAUCGGGCAAGGUCUCAUGCGGUGCCACCCCCACUUGUUGGACGUUGUGGAAGCGUUGCAGUCCGAUUCUGGGGAUGCGCCGUCAAAGUUCAUGGCGGGCGUCAAGAACAUGGCCUCUCAUGGUGCUACUAACUUCGGGAGGAGCGUCGUGGCCGGCGUGAAGGAUGCGGUCUCACUGAAGGGCGGCGAGACCGGUUCGAUGAAGCCGGACGCGUUCGUGAAGCUGCAUGAAGAUAGACUGCAGCGCCUUUCUGCCAAUUUCGCCGUGGCCGCCGAUUUAGCUUUGCUGUUGGGCGGCAGGUUAAAAUUUGAGGAGAUGUUCAUGGGCCGCCUCGCGGACGCGAUCGGCGCGGUCUUCUUGGGGUAUGGGUGCCUGCACCACUACGCGCGGAACCACGAUAAAGUGGAUGCCGGCCUGCAGCGCGUGGCGGAGCACGCCCUGCUCCGGCUCGAGGCGGAGGCCUUCGAGGCGCUGAAGCACGCGGCGGACAACGUUCCGAAAAUGCCCGCGGGCGCGCACCACGUGGUGGGGUCCGUCCUGCGGACGGCCGUCGCGCCGCUGGGCGACUUCGGGGCCACGACGAAGGCCCCGACCGACGCUCUGACCAAGGCCACGGCGGACCUCCUGACGACGCGGGACUCGGACUACGUGUCUACUUUACUCCUGCCGGGCGUCUACACGUCGGGCGCCUACCAGAAGGAGGUGCUGGGGGCGCUGUCGCUCUGCCUCGAGGCCGACGCGAUCGAGCGCGCGUGCAAGCGCGCGCGCAAGCACCCGACGGCGGACGAGCAGAAGAUCCUCGAGGCCGCGGCCGCGGCGCGGGACCGCAUCGUCCAGGUCCAGGCCUUCGAGAAGCUCGGCCACGCCGAGCGCGCGCCGGGCCACGUGCGCCCGGCGCUCGCGCAGACGGACGCGUGGCUGGCCGACGAGCCGGCGGCGCGCGAGGCCGCCGCCGCCUGAAUCCCUCGACCCCCUCCCCCCCCCUUGUCUAAGCAUAGCCUUCGCCUUG